GCCUCCUCCCCCUCCCCCACUGAAACCCGUUGGGCUCCACACGGACCACACCAGCCUUCUCCUCCCAUUUAUCUGCCAGCAGCUGGACUCCGCACGCUCUCCUCCACCGGACCAGAUAACGGAUCAUAUCAGUCUGCGGAAACGUGUGUAAAAACCUGUGAUCAUGUCCUCAGUGCUACAGAAGCUGAUCAGCCCUCUGGCCAGCAGCCCUGCUGAGCCCCCCAGGAACAAGGUGACCGUGGUCGGGGUGGGCCAGGUGGGCAUGGCCUGCGCCAUCAGCAUCCUGCUGCGGGACCUGUGUGAUGAGCUGGCCCUGGUGGAUGUGAUGGAGGACCGUCUUAAGGGAGAGAUGAUGGACCUGCAGCAUGGCAGCCUCUUCCUCAAGACCUCCAAGAUAGUUGCUGACAAAGACUAUGCCGUCACAGCCAACUCUCGCCUGGUUGUGGUGACGGCCGGCGUUCGCCAGCAGGAGGGUGAGAGCCGCCUUAACCUGGUGCAGAGGAACGUCAAUGUCUUUAAGGCCAUCGUCCCCCAGAUCGUCAAGUACAGCCCCAACUGCACAAUCAUCGUGGUCUCCAACCCUGUUGACGUGUUGACCUAUGUGACCUGGAAGCUGAGUGGUCUGCCCAAGCACCGCGUCAUCGGCAGUGGCACCAACCUGGACUCAGCCCGCUUCCGCUACAUGAUGGCCGAACGCCUCGGCAUCCACGCCAGCUCCUUUAACGGCUGGGUGCUGGGCGAGCAUGGAGACACCAGUGUGCCAGUGUGGAGCGGUGCUAACGUGGCAGGAGUCAACCUGCAGAAGCUGAAUCCUGAUAUUGGCACUGAUGGCGAUAAAGAACAGUGGAAGGCCACACACAAGGCUGUAGUGGACAGUGCCUACGAGGUGAUCAAGCUGAAAGGCUACACUAACUGGGCCAUCGGUCUGAGCGUGGCAGACCUGACUGAGAGCAUCGUCAAGAACAUGAGCCGUGUCCACCCUGUUUCCACCAUGGUCAAGGACAUGUAUGGUAUUGGUGAGGAGGUCUUCCUGUCUCUGCCCUGCGUGCUGAACAGCAGCGGCGUGAGCAGCGUGGUCAACAUGACCCUGACGGAUGGCGAGGUGGGCCAGCUGAAGAGGAGCGCCGACACGCUCUGGGGCAUCCAGAAGGACCUGAAGGACAUCUGAACACACCCUGGCGCGCAUAAUACAACCCCAUGAUGCAGAGAGGCUUGUCGACACGCACACACACUCCUUUUAGAACGUCCCUCUCUCUUAGACUAACACUCUUAUUUUGAAGGAGAAUACCAGUGAUUUUUAGAGUUUGUGCCAGGGAGAAUUUCAGGUUUACACAUAUGUCAUCCAGGCUGGUUUGUCAUUAGGUCACCAUCUACUUCCUGCAAAUCACCUUCAAGUCUAAACUGGUAUGCUCCUUUUAAAAAAAAAACAAAAAAAAAUACCCAAAUUGGCUACCCAACAGUUAGAAGGCUGAAGUUGCUGUGUUAGUGUUAAGAGAUGUAAGCCAACCUGUGUACUUUCAACUGUUUGGACCAGGAUCAAACCCAACCCUCAAAAAUGGUCACUGUCUUCCUCCAGCACUUAGUGUACUGCGUUGUUCCUUUAGUUCCCUACAGGGACUCACUAAGAGAAAGACCCUUAACGUAUAGAGAAAGACCCUUAAAGGACGCUGUUUUCCUCCCGCCUUCGUCUAAAAGUGGUACGCCCGCACACUUGGGUCAACACUGUGUGACCUUGUGAGUGUGAAGGUGGAUUUUUCUUGCCCUCCUGUUUCCUCAGUGUUAGCAAAGGCAGAUGGAGUAGCAGGAGAGGAAUGGAAACGUCAGGUGUUACUGUCUGACCUUGUGUUGUGUGUAACUUAAUAAAUUUGAACCUGAUAAAGGGUA